CAGUACGACAGUAAAGUUGUCCGCCUCACGCGCGGCGCGCGCGCUGUUUUAACUAUAAGCUUUACGUCUUUACUACAAAAAUCUUUCUCUAGUCAAAAUGUAGUGUAGUAUCAAAGCAGUAAUAAAACAGUGCUUAGUUUGUGUACUAAAAGUGGAUUAAUUUUGUAAACGCUACAUGCUACGGUCCAAAGAACAAUGCUGUGGGAAAAAAUAACGUUCAGCUGGCAUCGGCUGUCGUUCCCAGCUACCUACCUACCUCUCUCCCCCCGCGAACCGGGUGCCGGGUUCAAUGUGCCUCUCAGCGUUUAUUCAUCGUUUGUGGGAAAAGUUGACCCCCGUUUUUAAAUUUUAUUGUUAACGAAUUCACACGAUUUCGUUUUUGUGACUACCGCAUCUUAAAAUCAUCAGAUUAAAAAAUAACGUAUUAGUUUUAAUUUAUAAUAAUUGUCUGAUUUAAAAUAAUGCUGGAUAGUGAUUUGAACAAUUAAUUUGGAUGUGAUUAAUGAGUGUGAAACGUGAAAAGCAGUUUAAUAAGAACUAGUCGUCAAGGUCACUACAUACCGCAGAUCUACAAUAUUGUUUGUUUAAGCUUUGCCAUGUUUGUUGAGUAUCAAAUUCUUCGUAAUAAUUAUAUCUUUUUGAUACGAAUAACAACAGUUCGUCAAAUGAAGAUUAAACGUAUGUUAAAUAAUAAGUUUACACAUGAUCGUAGUAUUACGAAACAGCCGUUAUAGUCGUGUUAUAUUUAAAACGUGCUAAGGUCCAUUGUACGUGAUUUUAAAGUGUUUAAAGGAAAUAUGUGAAGUUAAUUAAGUGUGUGAGAAUUAUUACCUGUCCGAGUCAGUGAAAGGAAUAUUCAAGAUGGGCAACCAGGGUUCAUCUCCGCAUGAGCCGCUUGAUCGUGUCCAAACUCAAAAUGCAGAUCUGAAAAUGAAGUCGUCAGUGCGCAGUUCGUUGAGGCGGGCGCGCGCCGGGGCCGCGCUGUCGCCGCCGCGCGCCGGCAUGGAGCGGCUGCGACGCUCCUUCCGCGAGUCCUUCCGCCGCCGCAAGGGCUCCCCGCCAGAGUCCGCGCGCCCGCACCAAUGGCACGCGGACGAGGCUGCCGUGCGCGCCGGCACCUGCACCUUCCCCGUUAAGUACCUCGGAUGCGUUGAGGUUUUCGAAUCCCGGGGCAUGCAGGUUUGCGAAGAGGCGCUAAAAGUUCUCCGGAAUUCUCGCCGACGUCCCGUUCGUGCCGUAUUACAUGUUAGCGGAGACGGUUUACGCGUAGUGGAAGAGGAGACUAAGGGGCUUAUAGUAGACCAGACCAUUGAGAAAGUCUCAUUCUGUGCGCCCGAUAGAAAUCAUGAACGAGGGUUUAGUUACAUCUGUCGCGACGGCACCACCCGGCGGUGGAUGUGUCACGGGUUCCUCGCGUCCCGCGACAGCGGCGAGAGGCUGUCGCACGCGGUGGGCUGCGCGUUCGCCGCGUGUCUCGAGCGCAAGCAGCGCCGCGACAAGGAAUGCGCCGUCUCCAUGAGUAUCGACGCGGCCAGCCACGCGUUCACUCGACAGGGAUCAUUUAGAAAAUCGGGUAUAACGAGUCGCCGCACGUCGGAGGUGGAGCCGGCCUCGAGCCCCGUGACGCCGGCCGUCGCGCCGCCCGCCGUGCCGGCGCCGCGUUCGGCGGCACACAACCCCUUCGCCGUGGAGCGCCCGCACGCCGCGCCGCACCUGCUCGAGCGACAGGGCUCCUUCAGGGGAUUUGCGCAUCUUAAUAACAAUUCACCGUUCAAGCGCCAGAUGUCACUACGCAUCAGUGAGCUGCCUUCUAAUCUAGAGCGACAACGUAUAGGGUUGGGUUCGCCCGACGCUCUUGCCGCGCUGCCGACGCCGCCCGCCGUGCCCGCCUCUCGUGGGCUUUCCGACGUGGCGCCAAUUGAGGAAAAAAUGUCAGAAGCGGAUCCAGUUGCUGAAAUGUGUCAGCAGCUGUCGCUGGGGCUGCGCGCCCUGGCCGAAGAGCCGGUCCCGGUGAGCGGCGCGCUGCCGCACCCCGACGCGUGGCUCGGCCGCGUGGCGCGUGCGCCCCCCCUCGCCGCUGCCGGCCGCGCUGCCUCCUUCGCCGGACACUCCGCCGUCACCACCAACCCCUUUCUAGCGCCCACUCCUGCACAUCUAUAAACGACUCCUGCUAAGUGGGAGAUCGAUGAAAGCAUUCAUGGCUAUUUAAAAUAAUACAAUCUUUUUAACUUUUGCAGUUAUGUUGUGCUUAACUAUUGAACAUGAGAGAGAUGUAAAACUUUUAAUUUUUUUCUACAGUCGUUGAGCGAUCUACUAUAUAUGUACUUACGAUUGCUAUUUCGCACAGACAAUCGUUGUUGAUAACAGAUAUUGAUUCUAAUGUUUCAAUACGACACUAAGUUUUAAGUCGUAAUUUCAUAAUAUCUUAACAGAAAUCAUUAUAUACCUUAUAAUAAAAUGUUAAUUUACAGUCGAAGCUUAUUCCACCAACCCGCAUUGGAGCAGCGUGGUGGAAUAAGCUCCAAACCUUCUUCUCAAAAUGAGGAGAGGAGGCCUUAGCCCAGCAGUGGGACAUUCACAGGCUGUUUCGGUUACAGUCGAAAAUAUUUUGUUGCCUUAGGUGAAGCUAAUCAAAAGAGGAAACUAUUCAGGGCAACUUUUCUGUUACAUGUUUUUAAUCGCAUAUUUUUUUAUUUGUACAAUCGAAGUAAUUAGCCGUCUCAUUAUUGCUAAUUCUGAUACACAAUAAGGUAGUCUUUUAAAAAAAAAUGCAAUAAUUUUUAUUUGAUCCUAAGUCAAAAAUAUUUGGAAAAUAUUAUAACUUUAGUAUAUUUUUCAUGUAGUUUUGUGAGUACAAUUUUAUUGCUUUAGCAAAAAAUCGUCAAUAAAAAAUUCUUUUCAAUACGUAAAUGAAACUAGUUAAUGCUCAAACUUCUUUAGUUACUUACUAUAAUUGUUAUAUUAUUAAUCAAUAUCAGGAGAAUCCGUCAUAUUAUUAAACAGUAAAAACUGUAAACUCAUAUAUAUCUAAUGCUUGUAGUCAAUCGUAAUAAUACUUGUGCACAUUUGUAAUCUUGCACGCUGUGUUAAAAAUUAUCUACUUAUAAUAAAAAUUAGCAUUAUUCUGAUAUAACGAUCGCCAUUUUAAUGGUGUGAGUAGUAUAUAAACAGUUGACUAUACUUUCUGAUUAAUAAUUUUUAAUAAUAUUUUUAUCAAACAAAUAUACAGUAAUUGCAAUAUAAUUUUUGAUAUUUCUACAUUAUAGAAUAAUUAAUCCCAUUAAUUAAUUAUUAUUAAUGUCAUUACAAUAGAAAAUUUUGAAAUAUAUCUAAAUGUACUUAAUUCCUUUAUUAAUGGCACUGAGCUUUUGCGCUGCACUUAAGUGUUGUUGAUGUAAUACGUAAAUUAAGACUAUUUCCAUGCUAAACGUCCAUGGGCAGUAUUAAAUAAAGCCGAUUGCAUUAUUUAAUAAAACGCGUAACGAACAAUACAGUAUUUUAUCGUAAAAAUAACUACGUACUUGUAUAAUACUUUUGGAUUUAUAUAUGUAUUUCUUUUUGUAUAUAAUUGUACAUUUAUAGGUUACUUAAAAGAACAUCAUUUGUGAAUCUGUUUUUGUUUAUAUUUUUUUUUUAUGGAACUAAAAAUAAUAGGGAGAUUUUUCGAACAAAUUAUGUAAUAUACUUUGGUAACUGUAUAAAGCACGUAUGUUUUGUGUGACGACUCUCGAUUUAAUGUUAAUUAGUUACUAAAAGUUUUUGUUAUUUUUGUAGGUACUAUAAUUAAAAAAUCUUUUAAUUUUAAAAAAAAAUUAUUAUGAGCAAAAAGAGGAUUUGUAAUAAGUUUUUUCCUAAGAUUUUCUACUCGAUGAUUUGUGUUCAACUGUUUCUUAAUUAUAUGCAGUGACUGAACUCUCUUACUUAUUCCCAUCCCAAAGCUAAUGUACUAACAUAUACUUAAAGCAAACCUCUUUUUGUUUCAAACAAAAAGCACAAUGAUUAUUGCACAAUAAUUGUUGCAUUUUACAUUCCACUUAUUACAAUAUUAGUGAAUUUACUUAAAACUUGACGCAUAUUAACGAAUUAAUUAAUAUUUCGCUCUUGUAAUUACAGUUAUUUUCUGAAAGUACUUAAUGUAUGGAAAUAUAAUUAAUAUUGCUGUUACUUUUUACCUCAUUUUCAGAAACCUGUCAAAGCAAUGUAUUGCCUGUUCCAUAUAAAUAAUUUCUAGCUGUUUUUUCCAGUGAUUCGAAAACAUUAAAAAAUAUAUGUAAUUUAAUGUGAUAUAGUGAAACAUAUUUGGUGUUAUGAAAAAUAUUUAUAAUACGCUAUUUGCACAUUUAUUAAUAUCCUGCACGCGAAAGUUUAAACCUCAGUUGGUGGUUAAAUGUAAAGUACAUGAAUCAAUAGAAUUGUUCCGUAACUAAAGACUAGUUUUAAUUGAAUAAGUACUUACUUCUACAAAGGAUAUUUUCUUAUGUACUCCUAUUUAAAUAUUCGAAAAUUAUCGGACAUGUUGUACUUAAUAUAUCAAAAACCAGUUGUUUAAGAGAAUUGUUGGGUGUUUUUGUAUAUUUUUCCGAUUUUAUUUGUGGCUAAAUUAUAAAAAGCUUGUAUAUACAAGGGGAUAUAUGUAGAUAUUUUAGAUAACAAGAGUUCAAAUAUUAUGAAGAGUAAUAAAAUAUUAUGGUUAGUUGA